UCUCGCCACCAGUCCAACAGUUGAGGUCAAACAAUAUGACUUGAUGCUUAUGAUUGGAUGAAUAUGUUUAUUUCGAGGGGCUUCUGCCGCCAUGAGAAGCUCAUUUACGGCGCAGCACGCGCUUCAUGGCGACCAGCGCAAAGAGCUGUUGCAUCCCCUUUUUGUCAGCCACCCCGGCGAUAUCUCGCGGUGGAGGCUGCAGUAAAGGUUUCAGAUGAUGCACGCAAAACAGAGAGCUUAAAUAAGCCAUCAACUGCCCGCUUCAAUGAAAUUGGCGUGCAGCAAGUAAGCAGUCACAUCCAUGCCCAGCUCUUCCCUGGACCCUCUUCGCCUGCGCCCCCGGAGCUCGUCGCACUGUCCAGAGAUCACCUCCAUCGCCAUGACCUCCUUGGCAAGAAUCAGGACAACCCUUCACCGGUCUCGUUUGACCUACCGGCAUUGCAAGGGCAGACGUUAGACGAACACUUUCACAAGCUAGGGAUGGACGCCGCAGAGCCUUAUCUGUCUCAAGCAAAGGAGUAUGCAAUAGUCAAUGCGCCAGCAAAGCCCCGUAAAUGGAUUCAUAGGAGUGGCUGGACGAAAUAUUACCCGGAUGGACGAACAGAACCGGUCGAGGCGCCCAACGAAUCCAUGCUCACGUUUGAUACCGAAGUUCUCUAUAAGGAGACCUCGUUCGCAGUCAUGGCUUGCGCAGUCAGCCCCACGGCCUGGUAUGCAUGGUUAUCGCCUUGGCUACUCGGAGAAUCCGAGUCAGACCGACAUCUGAUUCCCCUUGGAGACCCCAACAAUCCAAGGAUUGUCGUCGGCCACAACAUCGGAUACGAUCGAGCUCGCAUAUUCGAAGAAUACGAUGUAAAGCAGACGAAAAAUGCAUUUCUGGAUACCAUGUCAUUACACGUUGCGGUCAACGGAAUGUGUUCCCGCCAGCGGCCCACGUGGAUGAAGCACAGAAAGAACCAGGAGCUACGGGACAAGAUUGCCCAUGAGACAAAUUCGGCAGAACUGGCGGCGUUACUCGAAUCAAAAAUGUUGACAGAAGAGGAAGAAGAGUUGUGGGUUGGCCGAAGCUCCGUCAACUCAUUACGAGACGUGGCCAAAUUCCAUUGUGAUGUCACCAUUGACAAGGCUCAGCGCGAAUACUUUGGAGAAUUGGAUCGAAAUGGGGUUGUUGAAAGGCUAGAUGAACUUCUAGACUAUUGUGCAGCAGAUGUCGCCAUUACGCAUCGAGUAUUCAAGAAGGUUUUUGUUCACUUUUUGGAAGUCUGCCCUCAUCCCGUGAGCUUCGCUGCACAACGACAUCUCUCGGCAGAAAUCCUUCCGGUGAACAAAUCAUGGGAUUCAUAUAUAGCAAAUGCCGAAGCCACCUAUCACCGACUUUCAGACGCCGUAGAGCGGCGCUUGAUCGAGCUUACCGAGAGAGCACUCGAGGUGAAAGACCAGCCGGAGAAAUAUAACGCUGAUCCUUGGUACCGCCAGCUGGACUGGUCGGGUCAAGAGAUCAAAAUGGUCAAAGGAAAACGGAAGAAUGAUCCGCCACGACCGGCUGCCCGACAGAAGAAGCCUGGUAUGCCCAAGUGGUACAAGGAUCUCUUCUCUACUAACGAUGCCCCCAUCAACCUCACUGUACGCACAAGAAUCGCGCCGCUUCUUUUGCGCCUAGCAUGGGACGGUUACCCUUUGGUGUGGUCGGACAAAUAUGGCUGGACGUUCCAGGUGCCCAUGUCUGAAGCGAUGAUGUACAAUGAUCGAACCGUCGUCGAAUGUGACAUGAACGAUGAAACUGACCUUCAGCUACGCGAUGACAGAAAGCACAAGUAUUUCAAGCUUCCACACAAAGACGGCCCGCAAGCUCGUUGCGGCAGUCCACUAGCAAAGUCUUACAUGCAAUAUUUCGAAAAGGGAAAUUUGUCAUCCGAAUAUUCCUAUGCCAAAGAAGCUUUGCAGAUGAAUGCGUCCUGCUCAUACUGGAUCAGCGCAAGAGACCGAAUCAAGUCCCAAAUGGUCGUCUACAAUGGUGAUGCAGCGCUUGCUCAAACGAACAAGACGACACCUUCUGAUGUCGGGUUCAUUCUGCCCCAGAUUAUUCCCAUGGGAACAAUCACGCGAAGAGCCGUCGAAAAUACCUGGCUGACAGCCAGUAAUGCCAAACCCAACAGAGUUGGAUCGGAAUUGAAGUCCAUGAUCAAGGCGCCUCCCGGAUAUUGUUUCGUCGGGGCCGACGUUGACUCCCAGGAACUUUGGAUUGCGAGUCUUGUUGGCGACGCUCAGUUUCGGAUUCACGGCGGCAACGCUAUUGGGUUCAUGACGCUUGAAGGGACAAAGGCAGCUGGCACGGACCUGCACUCGAGAACGGCAAAGAUCUUGGGCAUCUCUAGGAAUGACGCAAAGGUCUUUAACUACGGACGAAUUUACGGCGCAGGGUUAAAGUUUGCGGCGACAUUGCUCAGGCAAUUUAACCCUGGGCUCUCCGAGAGGCAGACUACGGAGAUUGCUUCCAAACUUUACAAAGAGACCAAAGGUCAGAAGACAUCAAGGAAACUUCUGCAUGAACGAGCCUUUUGGCGAGGAGGCACUGAGUCUUUUGUAUUCAACAAGCUCGAAGAGUUUGCUGAACAGGAGCGGCCACGCACGCCUGUCUUGGGAGCUGGGAUCACGGAGGCACUCAUGCGACGAUUUAUCAACAAGGGAGGCUUCAUGACUUCGCGUAUCAACUGGGCCAUUCAAUCUUCUGGCGUCGACUAUCUCCACCUUCUCAUCGUCUCCAUGGACUACUUGAUCCGUCUAUAUAACCUCGAUGCGCGAUUGGCAAUCACGGUGCACGACGAGAUUCGAUAUCUCGUCAAAGAAGAGGACAAGUAUAAGGCCGCGAUGGCGUUGCAGGUAGCAAAUGUGUGGACGCGGGCCAUGUUUUCUCAGCAGAUGGGCAUUGACGAUCUCCCUCAAUGCUGCGCAUACUUUUCCGCCAUCGACAUCGACCACGUCCUGCGAAAAGAGGUGGAUAUGGACUGCGUUACGCCCUCAAAUCCGAACAAGAUUCUGCCAGGAGAGUCACUUGACAUUGUUCAACUCCUCGACAAGGGCGAAGCGUCCCUUCUCGAUCCUGCUACGAAACCUUUGGAUCCUCCGCAGGUUGAUCGAUUUUCAUAUACUCCUCGCCAACCAGUCAUGGCCAGCCUUCAGACGACUUAUAACCUGAACUUUCUCAAAGCACAGAUCACGGGUGACGACAAAGAACUUCGAGAAAUUAUCAAAUCAAGUCGGCCAGCUCCCAGCCCUGCCAGAUCGAUCUCUCGGCCUGGAAAGACGGUUCCAGUGCCGCCACCUCAGACGGUCGAGCUGUUUGAAGUAGGACCCUGGGCGCACAGACCGUCUCCGACCUGGACAAAUGGCAAGACCAAGUCGUGGCAGCCCUUGAAACAAAAUACAUUUCGACAGCGGGUUGCUGGGCGCGCAUAGACUUCUCAUAUUAUGGUUGGACCCUCCACUUUUCUCCUCUCUUAUUCGCUCUGGUCUUUUGUUCUGUUAGGAGUUGUGGACGGCAGGAAACUUAUUGUGCAUGGUGUUUAUUCCUUUUCCUUUUUUUUUUUUUUGCAUAAUCUUACAAUUUCGGACCUUUGACGUGGGUAUUCUUCUACCCUUUGAAGUGGUAAUGAGGCAUUGGAGUUAUGGGCUG